CGUAUGGCUUUAUCGCCAACGUCAACCUACAGACACGUACGAUCCUGCGCCUCAAAAUCGAGAACACAACACAAUGCAACUCCGAUACAUCCGCCACCGCAGCGCAUUGUUCCAGAAUGCCCCUAAACUUUCUUCACACAGACUAUCGACCGGGGAUAGGUGGAGGUUAACCUCCCGUUUCACACUUUACCGGAUUGAGAGUGUACGCGUCGACCUUUAUAUCCCCGCAUCCAAUCACGGGGAGGGACGAUCGUUUCGUGGAGUCGAGCCUGAUUGAGAGCGUCCGUGUUAUACGCGGCGUUGGUCUUGGCAUUUCCUCCCCUGCCCGGUAGGGCGGCGGGACAACUACAGAGAGCACAGAGAGCACUAUGUACUUGGCGUAUUUACCAUACAGUACAGGUACAUACUCUGUAAUCGAUUGAAUGCCUCAGUCGGUACAUGUGGAGUUUCAAUCUUGAAUUGUUCCGACCAAUCAGAUUACAAGUCAGUUUUUUUUUAAAAAAAAAAAGAACACUGCUUCUUCUGUGCCCCCCUGACAAUCAGCGGUUAUCCGUGGGUGCGUCAGCUCGUGACGUUGUGGUUUGUUUAUCUGUGCCUGUGUGUGUUUUGGCUACAUUUGCGCAGAAUAGACUUACAGCACAGCACAAUACUUGUACUAGAGCACUUGUACAGUGUUGUACCUACAAGUAUUGUUCUCUUCUAUGCAUCCUCAGGCAUCAGCAUCGUGGGAGCCAAGACCAGGAGCCGAGCAAAGGGCGAGUAACACUCGCCACCGUCAACCACUGGGGGCCAACCAAUACGUAUGUAACUUUACAAUUUAGCGCGGGUCUAGAAGGGGCAAAAGAAAAAUUACAACAUUACACUUCGAAGCCGUUCUGGUUCUCUGCAAGACCCGCUGCCCCCAACUUAUCUAAAAACGGGGUUUACGAUAAUGUAUCUUUUUUUUUGAUCUGCUCUCUCUUGUUCUAUUCUCAGGGUGACGGACUUUAAAAAGAACAUUCCCAAACGGCUUGAGCACCUCCUGAACUCUUUUCUCUUUCGUUUUAUUCUCUACUUUAUCUUCCCCUUUCUAUCU